AUGAGUACUCAGACCGAACUCAUCCAUCCAUCCUCCUCCCGCGGCGUGCGCCGACGCUCCUCAUCCCACUCGACGCAAAAGAAGCCAUGGCAACAUCAUCCAGGCCGACCGUCCUUCCACUCCAGUCACUCGCGCCCAGACCCAGAAGAAAUUCAGCGUCUUUCGCAGCGCAUUUCGCGCCAGACGACCCAAGCCUCGCACCGUCAUACAUCGAAAUGGUACAAGGUCCGCUGGUUUCGAGGGAUGAUAGACGAUGUUAAGAGAAGGGCCCCCUACUACUGGAGUGACUGGAAAGAUGCAUGGGACUAUAGAGUCGUCCCUGCCACGGUGUAUAUGUAUUUUGCGAAUAUCCUGCCAGCCCUGGCCUUCUCUCUCGACAUGUUCACAAAGACCCACAACUCGUACGGCGUCAAUGAAGUCUUGCUGUCAUCGGUCCUGGGCUGCGUGGUGUUUGCCAUUUUUGCCGCUCAGCCACUGGUAAUCGUGGGCGUCACUGGUCCUAUCACGGUAUUCUCAUACACCGUCUACGACAUCGUCGUUCCCCGAGGCACCAACUUCUUCUCCUUCAUGGCAUGGGUUGGCCUCUGGUCCCUUGCUAUGCAUUGGCUACUGGCCAUCACCAACAGUUGCAACGCCUUGACCUAUGUUACCCGGUUCAGUUGUGAUACAUUCGGAUUCUACGUCGCGUUUAUCUACCUACAAAAAGGCAUCCAGGUCCUUACAAGGCAGUGGGAACUGGCCGGCGCUGAAAGUGCAUAUCUUUCCAUUAUGGUCAGCUUGUUGGUAUUGGGCUUCGCUUACGGCUGUGGUAUUCUGGGCAACAGCCACUUGCUACAACGCCAUGUGAGGAAGUUUAUCGAGGAUUAUGGCACCCCCUUGACCAUUGUUUUCUUCACUGGGUUCGUCCAUUUCGGACACAUGAAAGAUGUACAUGUGGAAACCUUGCCGACAAGCAAGGCCUUCUUUCCUACAGCCGAUCGUGGGUGGUUCGUACACUUUUGGGAUAUCAGCGUGGGCGAUGUUUUCCUUGCGAUCCCUUUUGCAGUCCUCCUAACUAUUCUAUUCUGGUUCGACCAUAACGUUUCGUCGCUUAUUGCCCAAGGUACCGAGUUUCCACUCCGCAAACCCCCAGGCUUCCACUGGGACAUCUUCCUCCUCGGCUUGACCACCGGUAUCGCGGGUCUGCUGGGCAUACCAUUUCCCAAUGGCCUGAUUCCGCAGGCUCCUUUUCAUACCCAAUCGCUCUGCGUCACGAGGCAAGUCGUGGAUGAAAAGACCAAGGGCCAUAUCGUACGCGUGACGGACCACGUCGUUGAGCAGCGAGUUAGCAACCUUGCUCAGGGGCUCCUGUUUGUCGUUACCAUGACUGGACCGCUUCUCGUUGUGCUGCACCUCAUCCCACAGGGCGUGCUGGCAGGGUUGUUCUUCGUCAUGGGCGUUCAAGCCCUGGUGGGGAACGGAAUUACCCAAAAGAUCCUGUUUCUUGCCCGCGACAAAGAACUCACGGACGCGACCGAUCCGCUGUCACGCAUUGAACGUAGGCUGGCCAUCUGGGUCUUCGUCGGGCUGGAGCUCAUUGGAUUUGGCGCAACCUUUGCCAUCUCACAGACCAUUGCAGCCAUUGGAUUCCCCGUCAUCAUCCUUCUGCUGAUUCCACUUCGAACAUGGCUCAUGCCGAAGUGGUUCCGGGAGGAAGAGUUGCGAAUUCUGGAUGCACCUACCGCUGGCGCCUUCGUCAUGGAGAGUGUGGGAGGCGCUUAUUACGGAUCCAGCGGACCAUCGACGCCAGAUUCCAGUCCGCCAGACGAAAAUGAUGAGAUAGCAGUGGUUGAUGAUUCCCUCGAGAGAGGCGAAAGCUAUGAGUUGAGGAGCGGGCUAUCAAACCGCAAAGACGGAAAUGAUGUUAUGCCCGCCAGUGGUAGUGAGCAUGCUCGCGGCCAUUCCCCAGGAUCUAGUCGCAAGAGCCACAGUGAAGCACAACGCCCAGAUCUCGGCAUGAGGAGGCGAAGUCAUGGCUCAACCAAUCGAUAUGGAUAA